CCUGCAGACAAACGGGAUUACAUCUGUGAGUACUGCGCCCGCCCCUUCCGCACCAGCAGCAACUUGAUCAUCCACAGACGCAUCCACACGGGGGAGAAACCCAUACAGUGUGUGAUCUGCGGCUUCACCUGCCGUCAGAAGGCCUCCCUCAACUGGCACAUGAAGAAGCAUGACGCUGAUUCCUUCUACCAGUUCUCCUGCGACAUCUGCGGCAAGAAGUUUGAGAAGAAGGACAACGUCACCGCGCACAAGAGCAAGAGCCAUCCCGAGGUUGCUGCCGGCCCGGCCCAGCCCACGCCGGAAAUGCCAGAACCCGGCCACCAGGAUGUGCCAUCCCCGCUCCCCACCCUCGCUGAGGAGACACCGACGGCGGACCACCCGGAUGUGCCGUGCCCACUUGCCACAGAGCAGCUGGAGAUCCCUGCACUGAGCCUUUGCAAGAUGGAGAAGGCGGAAGGGUCGGUGUCCUCCAUCGCAGCCUGUGCCGAAUAACGGGCCACACCGAGCAGGAUCCAGAUCUGACCAGCACUUGGGGGCUGAGUCACGGGGGAUGUCGGCAGAGAUGAUCCCAGCAGGAUCCUGCCUUCCAGCUGGAGUCUGCUGAGAGUGGGACAUAAAGCACUUAGCAGAGGGUCUGGGAUAAUGACUGAACCGUGGCGGGAGACUGUAGUAGCAGAUCUGAAAUCCUGCCCAGGCACUGAGAGUAUGGGGACAGGGAGGCAAACCCCUGCAGCCAUGUGCAGCCUCCCCACACCCCACAGUCAGUAGAGCGCAGACUCUCUGUGGGCCAAGAGGACUGUGAUACCAGGCAAAGGGCCUCACCUUAUCUGGGGCAGGGGGACUCUGAAGAGAGAUGCUGAGGUUCGCCCUCCCCAGGAACAGGCCUGGGUUUUGCUACUCUCAGCUUCAGGGUUUUG